AUGGUAGCCCACUGCCGCCCCCGACGCAUGUGGUCUGAGGAGGAGGAGAGACGUCUUCUCCAGCUAUUUGUCGAGUAUGGGCCAAAAUGGAGGAUCCUGCAGCUGAUGGAUAAGGAACAUUCAGAUGGUGCAGUUCUACAGGACCGUAGUAAUGUUGAUCUGAAGGACAAGAUCCGAAACAUGAAGGUGCGCUAUGAAAAAGCAAAUAAGAUCCUGCCACCAAAUUUCGAAAAGAUCCAUCUAGGUCCCAAGGAGAAGAGGUAUUAUACCUUGUGCGAUUCGAUCUAUCAACAACUUGAUGAUAAGCUCUCCUCACCCUCUACCUAG